AUGACAUACGACGAUAAGCCAUCCGCCGCGGCUAACCUACCUCCGGUUCUCGCUUUACCGGCCGAAGGUUCAGAACGGCCGGCAGUCAUCAUACCUUCUACGAAAAAUGCCCCUUCGACAGUUGUAUCCUACAAAGACCUCAAUGAAUCGGUCACUCGCGUACAAAGCACUCUCGCUCAAUUUGGGGUUGGCGAAGGCACAAGGGUUGCACUCGUUCUCCCUAACGGGCUCGAAUUUGUUGGGUCUUUUCUUGCUGUGAUUCGUCAACGAGCUACAGCCGCGCCGUUGAAUCCGCAAUACAAGCGGGAGGAAUUAAAGGACAUACUCCGCUUAAUGCGGCCAUCGCUCCUUAUUUCUAUGAAAAGCACGCACCUGAUAUCUGCCUCCGUCCUAGCUGCACAAGAUCUCGCGAUUCCUGUAGCUAUCUGCAGGACAGAGGGACCAAAUAUCUAUAUCGAAGGAGAACAUAGCUCUUCAGGAGCAGAGUCACACGUGCCAAUCCACUCGCCAUACGAUCUACGGCCAUCUGAUAAGGCGGUCCUGCUCUUCACUAGUGGCACUACUGGAGCGCCUAAAUCCGUUGCUCUCAGUCAUGAAAACCUUCUUGUCGCGAUGCGCAUUAUAAUCGAUGCCCAUAAGCUGUCUCCUGCAGAUCGGUGCAUGAUUAUUACUCCACUUUUCCACAUUAUAGGUGUCGGUGGCUCUCUUCUCACCUCCCUCUUCUCAGGAGGGUGCGUCAUUAUUCCUCCGGCCCUACCAGGUCAAUUUUGGCAGUCUUGCAUAGACCUAAAUGCGACUUGGUUUCAUGCAGUACCUACUUUGUACCGACUACUGAUCUCCUUUCCCCGGCCAGAUGUGAUGCCUAAACUGCGUUUUAUCCGCUCUGGCGGUAGCGAUCUUUCUCCGGAGCUAUACCAGCGCCUUCAUGAGCUUGGGACGCAAGUAAUUGAGGUCUACGGGAUGACAGAAACAGCACCGGCUAUCUUCUGCAAUAGGCUUGACAGUUCGAUGCGCCGGCUGGCACACUACCCUAUCGCAUCUACCGUGGAGGUAAUGAUACUCCCAAGCGAGGGUAGAGCAGGAAACCAUCCAGACGCGGGUAGGUUAACAAAUGAGCCUGGAAUAGUUGGGGAGAUCUGUGUGCGCGGCAAGAGUAUAAUGACUGGAUACUUGGACAACCCCAAAGCGAACGAACAAGCCUUCUUAUUUGGUGGUUUCUUCCGCACGGGCGACCUGGGGGUAGUCAAGGAGCAUGGGUAUCUGCAGUUAACUGGAAGGAUUAAAGAGAUUAUUAACAAGGGUGGAGAGAAGAUAAGUCCAAGCGAAAUUGAGCAUGUCGCUUCAUCAUUUGAGGGGGUGAGGGAGUCGGUAUGCUUUCGAAUCCCAGACGAGAUAUAUGGGGAGGAAGUUGCGGUCAUUGAAGUUGGGAAACAAGUCACUGAAGCCGCCCUUAAGAAACAUUUUCGGCAACACGUGGCCAUGUUUAAGGUGCCUAAAGCUGUAUGA